GGCGCUCCGGAGCCUCCCCACGCCUCUCGCUGCCUCUCCUUCCUCCCAGCGGUGCCUUCAGCCGCCGCGUCCGGCUGGGGAAACAUGCCUAAAGGGAUUGUCUUCAGUUACUUAGCUGAUAAGCAGGCUGGGGAGAUCUCUCUUGAAAAACAGCUGUAUUAGAGACGGUUUGCACCUUGGAAGUUCACUCACAGGACCACGGAGACCUCACACGUGAGCUUCCUUCGUGCUGACUCCCUGUAUAGUCAGUUUUGAGGAGAGCACUAAGACUAGAAAAAAGAUUGUUGGAGCAGAACUACUGAGCACAAGCAGGCACUGCGUCUUCAGCUGUCACCGAGCGUGCAUUCGGAUUGGAAAAGUGGAACUGGAACCUUCUUGCCCACAGUGAGGCGGAGUGACCCAUCUGCUCACAUAACAAGACAUGGGCUUCCACGUGACUUCCUUCCUUUCCUACAAACUCCGGUUACUCUUGCUUUUUACUUUAUGCCUGACGGUGGUGGGGUGGGCCACCAGUAACUACUUUGUGAGUGCUAUUCAGGAGAUUCCUAAGGCAAAGGAUUUCAUUACUACUUUCAAAAAGGCCGUGGUUUUGGGGAAGAAAGAAACUCUGGCUGACGAAGCCUCUGUGAAAAGAGCAGACCUGGACGACUGCCCCUCCGUCUCUCCACACCUCAGAGGUCAGGACAAGCUUGUUUUCAAACCAGAUCUUACUCUGGAAGACGUGCAGGCAGAAAAUCCCAAAGUGCACAGAGGCCGGUAUCACCCCGAGGAGUGUAAGGCUUUACAGCGGGUCGCCAUCCUCAUUCCACACCGGAACCGAGAGAGACACCUGAUGUACCUGCUAGAACACCUUCAUCCCUUCUUGCAGAGGCAGCAGCUGGAAUAUGGCAUCUACGUCAUCCACCAGGCUGGGAGUAAAAAGUUUAAUCGAGCCAAACUCUUGAAUGUGGGCUAUAUAGAAGCUCUCAAGGAUGAAAUGUGGGACUGCUUUAUUUUCCACGAUGUGGACCUGGUGCCCGAGAAUGACCUGAAUCUUUACAGGUGUGAGGAUCAGCCCAAGCACCUGGUGGUGGGCAGGAACAGCACUGGGUACAGGUUGCGUUACAACGGAUAUUUUGGGGGUGUUACUGCCCUAAGCCGAGAGCAAUUUUUCAAGGUGAAUGGAUUCUCUAACAACUACUGGGGAUGGGGAGGCGAAGACGAUGACCUCAGACUCAGGGUUGAACUUCAUAGAAUGAAAAUAAUCCGGCCGAUGCCUGAUGUGGGUAAAUAUACAAUGAUCUUCCACACUAGAGACCGAGGCAAUGAGGUGAACAUAGGGCGGAUGAAGCUCUUACAUCAGGUGUCACGAGUCUGGAGGACAGAUGGGUUGAACAGUUGUGUUUAUAAAUUACUAUCCGUGGAUUACAAUCCUUUAUAUGUCAACAUCACAGUGGACUUCUGGUCUGGCCCAUGACCCUGGAUUGUCUGGUGAUGUUCGGAAGAACUGGAUAUCUGAUUGCAAUAAUUUUGGCCUAGAGACUUCCCCUAGUAGCACACAUUAAGAACGUGCUGCAGCUGAUUAUCAAGCUGAACUUUUCCGUUUUGUAUUUUCUUAGUAGAGCUCCUGGUGAGAUGGAACAUAACGCAAUAGUAACAAAACAGCGUUCUUAGUUGUUUUGAUCACGAAGGUUAAAAUAUUGUAAUAGAUGCUUGAAGGACUAAGUGUAAAAGGAAGACUCAAAAGCUCUCAUGCAGGCUACUUGAGAACUCUAAUUGAAGGAGAUUUAUUUAAGUUUGAAGUGGUUCAUUGUGGGAUAAAAAAGUCCACUGGAAAUAAGAUUGCUGAAUGUCCCAGAGAACCAGAACUGUUCUCCCUGGAGGGAGAAAGGUACGAAGAUGUAUUUCUAUUCCUCGUUUAUCCUGCAUGGCCAUCUGUGAAGAGGCUGGUCCCAGUGAGAAGACAGCGGCAGAAGAGGGGAGAAAGGUGAAGAACCAAGAUGCAGUGGACUUGGGAAUUUACGAGGUGGUCGGAAGACAGGGCCAGAUGGAGAGGCAGCCACAGUACUGGCUGCUGCUGCUGCUAAUCCUGUCACCUGCCUGGAUACACCUUCCAGUAAGAUCCCAGCAGAAGACACAUUAUCUACUACUUUUUCAAUAAUUUUUGUAAAAUGAUUUUGUACAUGUAGGGUAUGAAUGAGCAGUUUACAAAUUACAUAGUGACUAAUAAUACAUCGAAAAUACCUCUGCAGUAAAAUAUAAAAAAGCUUUGGGUGCUCAAUCUUGUUUACUGUUGUGUGAGGCCUACAGAUGUGUUGAUUUCAGUAUCCAUAAUCCUAAACAGCUUACAAACAAAACAGCGGUGACCAGCCCUCCCACUCCCCCUCUUCCUCAUCUUCGGUUCCUCCCCUGCUCUUCCUGUGUCCAGCCACCUUGUGGAAGCCGCUCCAGGCCUGUGGCAAGUGCCUGUGCCUCUGGUCUCCUCGGCCACAUCAUGGUUUUGUUCUCUUCAUCGUCGUGUGCCUAUUCCCUUCUUGUGAACCGUUGUAAUGACCAACCCCCAAUCCUGGGGUCCUCAAUUUGGAGGCUGUGGGUCCCUGGCUAUGGUUGAGGAGGAUAAAGCAAGAGACUAUGUGCAAGGAACUUGAAAAUCCAUAUUUGAGAAUUCCAUUUCUCAGUCAAUGGAAAUGACAUACAGUUACUGCCAUGUGGGAACUCCCUGUGCAUUUUCAGCUAUUAACAAAGCAUCUGCAUUUUUUAAAUGCUAGUAAUCACUAUACUAUGUCUAUUACUAUUCUUCAGAUAAUUCUUAUAAUUCUUUCAACCAACAUAAUGUCCAAGUCAUUUAAAUGACUCAUGAAACUUCUUGAGGUGGAAAUUAAAAACAUUUUUUGUUUUGUUAAUCCUCACUCGAGGAUAUUUUCCCAUUGAUUUUUAGAGAGUGGAAGGGAGAGGGAGAGACACG